CUAACGUCCAAAUUCUACGUAGCACUAGCAUGCUAAAUUUUACAUUGGUUUUCCUGAGUUGUAACAACAACAAGACGAAGACGCAUUAUUCUCUUCAAAGGAAGAAAUACCUCGCUGUGCUGGUGAUGAUAUUUCGGACUUUGUCAGAGGUCGUUGUCCUCUUUCGUUAGUACUACUUCACUUCUUAGGAAUUGAAGUCUGGCAUUGAAAGUCCCGUCGACAGUUUCGGAGUACUGAUCUGGGCAUCCUACCAUACCAGUACUACGCCGUCCUAAAUAAUCGGUAUUAACAGUCCGCGCCUUCGAGGAGCGUCGUCCUCGUCGUCUAAUCUAGACUGUCUAACAAGAAAAGCAAUUUAACCGGAUGAGACUUGCAAGAAGUGCUCCGUUCGAUCGAAUUCGUUUUUCGAACCAGGAGUAGAUCAGAGGGAAAGUUGUUCCUUGAGAGUAAGGUCGUCCUUAGGUCAAUGAGCAGUCGCCCGUGUCUUGUUUCUGGUUUAUGAUACCUUAUGUGCACCUUGUUUCCUUGAUUGUUGGCGGUCUUCCUCAACAAUUAUGAUUCCUCAGCAGAAAAUUUUGUAGUGAGUAAAAGCAUGAUGAUUUUUGAACAACUAAAAGAGAGUGGAGAAGGUACCUGACGCUGACACACACAUGACUGUUGGGACUGCAGAAUAGCCGUGCUGCGAGCGUGAGCGCGUGAAAUAUGCUCGCGUCACGUAGUUUUGGACAGCUUCCUCUGCAGCACAACGAGAGGACACAGUAUGUGGGGCAGCACACAUUGUACUUACAAACAAAUGUUCCCUUCUAUGAGUUUGCUACAUCCAUAGUACUGCAACAAGUUAGUACUUCGGCUUGAAGAUGUUUAAGUUUACCUCAGUGAGUUGUAAUUUUCUUUAGUACUGUCUUCCUAAAGAUUUUCGUUAAAAAUUAAUAUCAUCGAUCCCAGGUACCGAUCACAGCUGAAGGCGGUUAGCGGUCCACGAUAUCACGGCAAGCCUGUGCACAAAAGAUGGAAUAGCUGUCACAGUGUGAGAUGUACGGAGGCCAACUGGUGCAAUAGAAACAGAGACGCGAAAAAUGGUACCUCUCGGUUACAAAGUAUGACUACAACUAUAAUAAGGAAAAGUAUGUACAGGUAAUAAACUGUUAGUAUCCACCACUUUGAAAAAAAGAAAUUACUUAGACCCUUGCAGCCGACGUAGUUAAACAUUCAUCUAUCGUCGAGUAGAGCUUCUACUAGAUCUUUUCGGUCAGUACAGCAAUAAUUCUAGAAAUUCAUAACAAGAUGAUAUGACACAAAACAGGGUCUUUCGAUACCCAUCGUCCGCUGAAGACCGCUAUCUAUGAUCCUGUGUGGCAUCCAGAAUGGAAGCCUACGCAGUUGGGGAACAAGCUUGUGACAUCAGGAACAGAUGAAUUCCGGCAGUAUGCCCAAGCCAGCGCUUGGGAUCUGCACCGGCCGUUGAAUUGGGGCGCCCCAGAGUGGGGCCGCAAGGGCAAGAAUAAUGUGUACCCCCGUGCGAAAUACGUUACCGCAACUGGCAUGAGCGCAAGCUUCGAACAGUAGGUGGACAUCUGUCAUGGUGAUUUUAUUUGGAGGAUGCGGAACAAAGUUUGUGUUGUAUCGGCGAACUCGUUGUACUAGAAAAGUGGUAUGAAGAUGAAAAUCGAAGUUAAAAUGACGUCGAUCACGAUCCCCAUGAUUCGUUACAUUCCUGCAAAAUUUAUGUGCCAGUGCUGCGCAAUACCAAUAUUGACCCCCCAUUCUUUCGACAUGAUGUAGUGCCAGCGUCCGAGACGCACUGCAAGAACUGCAGGAUGAAGAUCGACCCCUUAUUGCCAAUUCGCGUAACAAAAAACAAGGCUGCACUAGCUGCUACUAGAUGAAUAUGCUUCAAGUACGAAAGAAAAUACGACUAGACUGCAAUUCCUUCAUUAGAUCAACUACCGCUGAACUUAGAUUUGAUUUGAUUUACUCGUUGACACAAAGAACCGAAAAGAUCCAUGAAAACAAGCAUGGGUGGAAUGUCAAGGUGCUUUGAGAUGCUACGAAGGAAAUGCACAACACGAGGUGAAGCAAAAUGUAAAAAGUAACAAUUAUACGAAAAAAGAUGGCACCAUUGGCAACGCAGUCGGCAUCCACGACGGAGAGGUGGAGAUCAUUGAUCAUACGGUUAUACCUUUACCAUUCCGUAUGCGUAUGAAGAACAACCUCGUAGGUUCUCCAUCGUCGGCGUGAUCUCAUCUAGUAUGUACUAGGAAGAAAAGGCGUUGUCUGUCUCGCAACCGUUGCUGCUGAAGCACCUGCACUCACUCACUCUGUCGAGAUGAGAUGGAUGCUAACAUCCACCUGAAU